UCCAUCUCGGUUCCUACGAGCUUUUACAAACUGCGUUAUGAGAUAACGAGUUAAGGCGACUGAUUACGAGUGGCAUUUUAAUUAUAAAUAUUAAAACAAAAAAUUACCAUCUUGUGACAAGCAAAAUAGUGAAACCGAGAUGAACUAGAGUAGUUCUAUAAGUGGAUGGACAUAUUCAUUAUUAUUACUACAAAAAGAAAAAAAAGUAAUUCGCGAAAAUCCAUGCGAUAAAAAUUGCCCAGUUAAUCUAUAAAAUUUCUUUGGAUUUUGACAGCUUUGAUGAAUAUUUAUUGAUUGGGCGAUAACAUUUAAAAACAGGAUUCGAUAUCGUUAAUUCAUUCGUUGUCGAAAACUCAAUGCUGCCUCGUGAUCUUGUCGGCGGAUUUUGCAGAACGGCCACGGUGAAAAAGGGAAGAGAAAAAAAUGGACAACUCAUGCAAAAGUGAGUUUAAAGAGCUGAACUUGGCAGCCAAGAUAAUUUUGUCAUCAUGGUAUGGCCUUGCAGGUUUAGCGGCCAUUAUUGGUAACGCGAUUGUGUUGUGGUUGGUCGCUCGAAACGAGUCUCUCAGAACAAUUUCCAACUUGUUCCUCGCUUCUUUGGCAGCCGCAGACUUUGUAGUAGGACUUGUAAUAGAUCCAGUCUGGAUUUUCACCAGAUGUGUGGGAUAUGAUGCAAAUAGUCACGUGCAGACGUAUGGUGAAGUUAUCGAUUAUCUCUGGAUCCACACAACAGUGGCCACCACGUUCAACUUAUGCUGUGUUACUAUGGACAGGUAUCUGGCGAUCCUCUAUCCUCUCCGCUACCAAGAUAUUCUCACCAAAAGGAGAUGUUACAUACUCAUUGUCACUAUUUGGUUCAUUUCUUUCAUUCUCCCGUGCUCCAGGUUCUUUGUCAAGGAUGGUUCAGUGUCACUGUGGUUAUCAUUUACAAUUAUCACAGUUCUAAUUCCCAUGAUGAUCAUCAUAUUUUGUUCUGUCAGAAUAUUGAAAGCAGCCGCAGAACAGUCGAAAAAAAUUAGAAAUAACUACACAGUGCAGAGUCAAGAGGCUCUGAGAAGAGGAAGGAGAAACUCAAAGGCGGCUUUGACAAUUGGCAUUGUGGUGGGACUCUUUGUUGUCUGCUGGUUACCAAGUCUAAUCACAUCUUUGGUGAAUUAUUUUACCCCGCAUCACUGUGGCCUGACCAGACAGUUGUUAUACUACACAGUGUGGUUAUCAGUGGAAGCUCUUGCUUUUACUUCGUCAGGAAUUAACCCGUGGGUGUAUUGUUUACGAUAUGACGAAUUCUACAAAGCUCUUACUCGUACCUUUUCUUGCGUUAAAAGACGCAAUUUAGAAGAAGCUCUUUCUCAUCUGAGAGAGAGAAAGCAGAGCGACAUGUAAGGGGCUUAGUCUCAGGUGACAGUUUAUUGUAUUAAAUGCCUUUACCACUCAGGCUUGGACGGUUAAACAAUUUAGAUAAACCUUUUUAAGCGUCAAUCUCGAUUUGAUAAAGAGAUACGGUGUAUCCAAAGCUUUCUCCUAAAGUAUGUGUUUAGAAAAUGAAGUCAUGGCUUGUAAAGGUCAUAAUCAAUUUAUGU